GUUCUUCAGCCACAGCAGCCACGCGUGAUCGUCCGUUGGUAACUUACAGUCCGCCCAGCAAGCCGCCGCAAGAGCAACCGCAAGAUGGGUAUUGACAUCACCAAGCACCACGUCAAGAAGGGCCAGCGCACUGCGCCCAAGAGUGAGGAUCCCUACCUUCUCUUGCUGGUCAAGCUGUACCGUUUCCUCGCUCGGCGGACGGACUCGAACUUCAACAAGGUCAUCCUCCACCGCCUGUUCCUCUCCAAGACCAACCACCCGCCCAUCUCGCUCUCCCGUAUCGUGAAGGAGACAUCGGCUGCUUCUGACCGCGAUUCGAAGGUCAUCGUGACUGUCGGCACUGUCACUGACGAUGUUCGCCUCCUGGAGGUGCCGAAGUUGACCGUGGCCGCUCUUCGUUUCACCGCUGCCGCCAAAGAUCGCAUCCUCAAAGCUGGUGGCGAGGUCCUCACCCUCGACCAGCUCGCGAUGCGCGCCCCUACUGGCUCGAACACAAUCCUGCUCCGCGGCAAGCGCAACUCGCGCGAGGCCGUCAAGCACUUCGGUAUGGGCCCGCACAAGCACAAGAAGCCCUUCACCAUAUCCAAGGGUCGCAAAUUCGAGCGUGGCCGUGGUCGCCGAAAGUCGCGUGGCUUCAAGGUAUAAGCCACCCUCUGAAAAUCGGCGUGCAGUCGAUGGGUGUCUGGGUGCGGUUCGCGUGCGCCAGUACAGUUGGAUGGCCAGGGAUAUGUACCUCUAUAUGCAUGUCAUGCAAAAGGGUGACGCUACUCUACGACUUCUAUGUUUAUCUCCUAUCCCGAUGCAAUGCUGUAUGGCCAUCAUCUCUCACAGGAUACGUGCCGUGCCGGCCGUACUGAAGAUGACCUGUACACCAAGACUGCCAUUUUUGAUCUGCAGAUACUUGUGCGUCCAUGCUCGGUCCUGAGAGUUUCCCAUCAUCGUUAGUUCCGCCA